CAAAGGCAGAGACCCACCAGGAGGAAGGAGACACCUGCCUUAGGAGAAAUGGAUCUAGCAACAUACAGUGAUAAAAACUGGGUCAAUACAUUCGUCGAUUCUACUAUCCCUGACAUAUGCAAGGAAGAACCAUGUGUGUUAGGUGUAGAUGAAGCUGGCAGGGGCCCAGUACUAGGUCCUAUGGUGUAUGGGAUUUGCUUCUGUCCAGUUAGCAAACAUGAAGACCUCAAAGCUGCAGGCGUGGCUGAUUCUAAGACACUGUCAGAGGAGCAGAGAGAGAAGAUAUUUAGUAUAAUGCAUGAAAACAGUGAUUACAUUGGUUGGUCACUCGAAGUCAUAUCACCAUUAAAUAUAUCCAACAGCAUGUACAAAAGACCAAAAGUAUCACUGAAUGAGGUAUCGCACAAUGCAGCCAUUGGCCUAAUUAAGCGUGCUAUUGCAGCUGGGGUGAAGGUGUCUGAAGUCUAUGUUGAUACUGUGGGUCCUCCAGAGAAAUAUCAGGCUAAGCUCCAAGAUGUCUUUCCUACUAUUAAGGUGAUCGUUGAAAAGAAAGCUGAUGCUUUAUUUCCCUGUGUUUCAGGGGCAAGUAUUUGUGCAAAGGUAGCUCGUGACAGAGCUUUGAAAAAAUGGGAGUUUCCUGAAGGGACAGAAGUAGACAACUGGGGUAGUGGAUACCCAGGAGAUGCAGUAACAAAGAACUUCCUUAUGAACUCCAUUGACCGGGUGUUUGGCUUUCCUGGUAUAGUACGGUUUUCAUGGUCCACAGCGGAGAAGAUCAUUGAUGAAAAAUGUGUUCCUGUGACUUGGAAUGAUGAAGAUGAAGAAGAUGAGAAAGACAAGACACCUUCUGUCUUGCAGUUCUUUGCCAGAAAGCAUAAAUCCUCAGAUGGUGGGUCAGCAGCCCCUCCACCACCCAAGAAGCGACAUCACUUCUUUACAGAACGCUGCCUGAAGUCUGUGGAGAGCUUCUGAAAUUUAAAUUUUUAUAAGAGUUUUUCAUGGGAUAAUUAAGAUUAGGCAAAGGUUACAAGUAUCUCAGGUUGGCAGUUCUUCCGCUUUCUUGUACCUGUCUUCAAAUUUUUUUAUCUUGACCCAUUUGCUUCUGUUUACAAAAACAUCACUUGUUUACUUUUGAUGGGAUGAAUUCUUGGAAGAGUUUUCAACAGGGUCAUUAUAACAUACCUGAUAUGGAGAUCCAUACAUAAGAGUGUUAUUUCUUACUUAUGAGCAGAGUUGUAAAAAGUACUGGACUUUGUUACUUUAGUAAAAGUAUUGUUACAUUGGCAAAAUGUUACUCAAGUAGAUGUAAAAGUAUCGAUAGAUCAAUGUACUCAAGCAGAAAUAAAAAAAUAUCUCAUU